AUGAAAAAUAACAAUAGGAACAUAUUUAUCGGGGCUGGUGCUGGUGCUGCUUUAUUGUUAAUAAUUCUCAUUGCAUACCUGUGCCGUUUCGUCCGCUAUAUGGGCGAAAUGCCAUAUUUAUGGGAACCAUCUUUCAAUCAAACUUUACAUUCUUAUGCUAAAUCACGUCCAUCACGUUAUAUCUUAGCUUUAACGGGUGGAUAUCACUCCGGAAAGUCUACAGCUAUGAAUUUACUUGCGGAAGCAAACAAAAAGAAAAACAUCUUCCCAAUUGUCGUAGAUUUUAGCUUGGCCAACAACCUCCAAGACUGCAUUAAUUUGUUCAAGUUACAGUUACUUACUACGUUUGCCAAGGGAACAAAUAAAUUAGAUAAUUCUGACUUAAAAGCAUUAUCAGAACUCCAUCUUUAUGAUUACCUUGCUGACAAGUCAUCAGAAACCCUUACAAACCCUGCAUUUAGAAUACCUUUCAGCGCAAUCACACAUGCGGCUGAAUCAAUUUUAUCUGGCGGAUUCAAUGAAUAUGGAGUUGAUAGAUUGCUCCAGGUAUUAUCUUACUACGAACCCAUUUUCCAUUUCUCAAUAUACAUCCAUAACUACGAUCGUAUUUAUGAUUUUGAAAAUGGCAUAAGAAUCACAAACUCUGCUCUUGCUUAUCUCUCGAAUAGUAAUCAGUACAUAUUCAAUAUACCAAUCAUUGUUGAAAUUAAGAAUUCAUUAAGAAGAUUUGAAAUCUCUAAAUCAGUUCGUUACAUUACUACUCCAAACAUUGAGAAACUAUCAUACAAAUUUGUCCAAAUGAGAAUCUUUAGGAAGAACGAGUACAAUACUAUUCUUAAUACAAUUGGACCAAAUCCAGGGGCUUUUGAGUACAUUUUCCGUUCAAUUAAGUACGGCCAAACAUUUGAGGAAGCUCUCAACGCUACAAAAACUCAACUUGAUUCAUAUAUAAACCAAGUUGCAGAUCCAAAGUUAAUGAAAGAGCAAUUAACAUACUUCUGCAAGAACAAAGAUAAGAUAGUAAGUAAUAUCAAUGAUUUAGCAACAAUUAGCUCUCUAUUUAAGAACGAACUUCUAAUUAUUAACAACGAUAUGAAAAUUGAAUCCGGUCUCCAUUAUAGCGCAAAGAGAUUAUGUAAAUAA